UACAGAUAGUCGUAAAAUUGUCAAAACGAAAUUAUUUAUAAGCAGCCGAAAGAUUUUUGAUUUUCUAGAAAUUGGCUUAUAUUCAUUAUAAAAUAACAUAAUAAGUUUCUUAUAAGAUAAUGUAAUAAGUUUCUUAUAAGAUAAACCCAGUGUUUUCAAAACAUAAGAACGAUGGAUAAACCCGAAAAACCUGCGAAGACAGGAUUUGUUAUUAAACUUUCCUGCGAAACUGUUCAGAAACUAACUGAAGAAGAAGAGAAAAGUAAAGUUAUUAAAGAAGAUGACACCAUCGAUACAUUCAAAAAACUGCCGAAAGAGCAAACUGAAGUAAAAAGCGAUGAAAAUGUUCAAUGUCAAAUGUCUGUAUCAACUAAACCUGAACCAACAGAAACCAUUACGGAAGCUAAAUCCGCAGACGAUAAAGAAAGUCCAAAAACACAGACUGAUGAUUCAUUAAAUAAGACUAAUAAUGAAAAUGCUGACACUACUUCUAUGGAAGAAAUUUAUGGUAACUAUGCCCCAUAUAUAACUUAUGUAAACGAUGAGGCCAUUUAUACAGAUCCUACAACUCAACAAAAAUUUACGUGGAAUAAGGACACCAACUCUUGGACUCCUAAAGAAGGUGAAGUGCCUGGAAGGACUUACAGUUAUGAAAAUGAUACCCAUGUGUACACUGAAGCAGAUGGUUCAAAAUUCUUUUGGGAUAACGAGAAGAAGGCUUGGAUACCAAAAGUAGAUGAUGAAUUUUUAGCCUUUUACCAAAUGGCUUACGGUUUCGUUAACAAUACAGCUAAAGAAGAAGUAAAAACAGAUAAAAAGAAGGAGGUAGAAAAAAAAUCUGCAGCGGGAGUAAAAAGAAAGAAUGAUCCUGAAUGGUUUGAGCAAGCUGAUGAGAAAAAUACAAAAGUCUAUGUAUCUAACUUACCAUUAGAUUUGACUGAGGAAGAAUUUGUAGAUCUAAUGCAGAAGUGUGGACUCGUUGAACGAGACCCAAGUUCACAGAAAAUGAAGGUUAAACUGUAUAGAGAUAAAGAACAAGACUGUUUUAAGGGAGAUGCCCUCUGCACAUACAUCAAAAUUGAGUCUGUAGAUCUUGCACUCAAGUUACUUGACGGCAGUGACUUCAAAGGUAACAAAAUAAGAGUAGAAAGAGCACACUUCCAAAUGAAAGGUAAAUACAAUCCAGCUCUCAAACCAAAGAAGAAAAAGAAAAAAGAGUUGGAAAAAAUAAAGAAAAUGCAACAGAAGUUGUUUGAUUGGAGACCGGAAAAGUUUAUCGGAGAACGAUCAAAACAUGAAAAAGUUGUUAUCGUUAAAAAUCUCUUUCAUCCGUCUGAUUUUGAUAAUGAUGUGCAACUUAUACUUGAUUACCAGCAGGAUUUAAGAGAGGAGUGCAGUAAGUGCGGAGAGGUUAGAAAGGUUGUGAUAUACGACAGGCACCCUGAGGGAGUAGCUCAGAUCUCUAUGAAAGAGCCUGAACAAGCAGACGCCGUCAUUCAACUUAUCAAUGGUAGGUGGUUUGGUAAACGGCAGAUUACAGCCGAAACCUGGGAUGGUCGUACUAAAUACAGAAUAGCUGAGACUGAUGCUGCUUUAAAUCAAAGGAUCAAUAAAUGGGAUGAGUUUUUGGAGGGAGAAGAGGGAGCUAAAAAGAAACCAGAAGAGGACGUUUCAAAAACGUCAGAAAUAAAUCCCGUGAAAAAGAAUGUAACAGAACAAGAUAAAGAUUUAUAAUAAUUUGUAAAUAUUAUCCAUUAUGUUAGCAAAUUAUAGCAAAAAAUAAAGUAGAUUAAGAUUU